AAUGUACUAUUAUAAUUUUGAUGCACAAUCUUUUAUCUAAAAUGCUUAGACAUAUGUUUUGGAAUUUAUAAUUAGAAAAAUAAUAUAAUGCAUAUACCAUGUUUUACACAACACUCCCAGUAUCAUUUGGUCAGUGUAUUAGUCUGCUUUCAGGCUGCUGAUAAAGAUAUACCUGAGACUGGACAAUUUACAAAAGAAAGAGGUUUAGUGGACUCACACUUCCACGUAGCUGGGGAGGCCUCAUAAUCAUGGUGGAAGGUGAAAGGCAUGUUUUGCAUGGCAGCAGACAAGAUAAGAGAACUUGUGCAGGGAAAUUUGCUCCCCCUUAUAAAGCCAUCAGAUCUUCUGAGACUUAUUCAUUAUCAUGAGAAUAGCAUGGGAAAGACCCGCCACCAUGAUUCAAUUAUCUCCCACCAGGUCCCUCCCACAACAUGUGGGAAUUAUGGGAGCUACAAUUCAAGAUGAGAUUUGGGUGGAGACACAGCCAAACCAUAUCAGUCAGCAACCCAUAAUCAAAGAAAUUAACAAUUCUACACUGAAAUAAAUUUAGUAUUCAUAAAUAAACGAAACUACAAUAACUCCACAUCAAGUUCAUGGCAAGUUUGUCUGGCACAUUAGUUUAGAUCAGGUCAAGUUUUUCCAUCGCAUGAAUUAGGAAACAAAGCUUUUAACUUUAAAAAGGUUUUAGGCUUGAGCUAUAUGGAUAAGGGAUUUUGAAUCUAUAAAUACAUGAUUUGUCUGACCAGAAACUAGCCUUUUGGGAAAGAGUUUUUGAGCUUGCUUCUGUUCCAGACAUAUAUUUUGUACUGAAGUUUAUUGGUGUCCGUAGGCCACACCCUCCCCUGGACACAGUGGAGAGCAGCCCUGAUUAUUUAGUGAGUAGUACUCACACUGUCCUCUUGAAAUCCAAUAAAUUCUUGACAAGAAAACUGGCAUCAAACUUAACAAUUACAGUGGAAAAAACUAGUAUUUAUUUAUUUAUUUAACUUGAUAAAGGUCAAAAGAAAGAGAUAUAGACAAGCCUCUGCAGGAAACUGUGGUAAUUUUCUGUCAAUAAAUACCUCAGACUGAAAGUCUUGGUUCUGCAGAUUGUUUCUCCUCUCUGACUGUGAAUUCUCUCUUCCACCCAGUUAAAUUGUUUCCUACUUAUCUUCUGGACUGAAUUUAAAGGAGACAUGAAGGACAUUCAAGGAGGUUCAGGGGUAGGUUGUUGAAGACAUUACUAGAGGAUUUCUUUCCCCUUUAAUCAUUGGCUUUACUUUUCAUUGAAACAUGUUACUUUUAAACUUAAAAAAAAAAAAAACAGUAUUUUAAUGCUGCAAAUGAACCAGCUAAAUUACUUAUUCUGAAAGAAUAAGGAAAAUAAAUGAUACUAGUGAAUAAAAAAUACCUAGCUCUCACAGAAUGCUUUAGUUUAAGUAGUUACAGUAAAGUGCUCUCCAAUUGCAGUAUAUUAGCCUAUAGCAAACCAUUAAAAAUUCUUAUGAAUUUUUUUCUUCCCAAAGAAAACUAGGCAUCAAAUCAGUUAAUAUAAUGAAUUAAAACAACAUCACUUUGGUGGCACAGUUUCAAAACAGAUGGAUUAGAGACAUUCAGAUACUGAACAUUCAACACAAGCUGUGAUUUCAGCAGGGAGUCUUAUUUGGCCUUUGUUCAUCUUAAUUCCAUCAAUUUCAAAUGUUAUUAACAACAAUGGGACACAAUUCCAACAGUGAUGCUUUACACAACCACGUAAAUUUUGAAUAAUUUUAGUCUUUGCACCAUUUUGUUUCUAAGGGCAGGCAUAAUUUUUUUUUAGGAUGCAUUAAAAUAACCAAUAUUCCUUCUAGUGAGCAUUGAAGAGUUAAGCUGUAAAAGACAAUAAAUACUUAGUUUUACUGUUUAUAGGGGAAAUACUACUACUUACCUGAUUUAACUUAGUUAUGAGUAAAAGUUUGGACAGGAAGACUAAGAUGAGCAACCUAACCUCCUGAACCCACUGCUAAAGUCACAGGAUUGUCAAGAAUAAGAAGUUAUUAAUUUUAACGUAAAUGAAAAGUAGUUUUGGAGUAGUUAGAACUAACGUGGGAAAUUUUACAUACAACCACACACACACAUAUACACAACCAUACACACAUAAAGUGUUUUGUGCUUGGGUGUAAACUAAUCAUGAAUCUGUUAAACGGGGAACCAUAUGAUUUGUUCAGUAAAAUUAGUCUGUCAGAAUGGUAAGAGUCAGAAACAGGAACACAGAAAAGGAAAAUAUGAGAGCAGCAGAAAAAGGCAGUGUGUAGCAAGUGAAUGGCAAUGUAAAAUCUGCAGUAAAGCUAGGUGGAAGUGUUUAGAAUCUGAGUAAUUACACAAACUACAGAUGUUUACGUGGUCAGAAAUAUUUUCAAGUCAUAUAAAUGUGCAAGUUUGUAGAAGCCUGGAAACAGAAUGUGGGUAUUUAAAUUUAUUCACUUUGUGGAAGCAGGAAGUGAGGGUCACUAUGUGGGCAGUAUAUAUAGCUGCCUUAGAUUGUCAGAGGUUGCAGAAUUGUGUUGUUCCAGAAAAGUGAGACAAAGACAGUUUCAUUAAUAAGAUUAUUAUGAUAAUAAUAAUGUUACCCAUAAUAAUUUUUACCCAUCUCUGGGUAAAAAUCCUCAAAAAGAGUGGUAGUGCUGAAAUUAAAGAACUGAGCAACACAGCCUGGCCUAUGAUGUGAGUGAGAGUAAGGAUUAAUUGUGCUACUUCCUUAUCCUUAUAACCCCAUCCUCUUACUCCUGCUCACAGAAGCCCCAAUGACAACCCCUGUAGAAGCAGAUUCAUUACAUCCACAUUCACUCAGUAUUUACUCUGUCAAGACCUGAGCUAAGCACAUUCAUAUAUUUAAUAUUAUCUGAGGAAAUUAAUUUGUGAUAACAGCCAUUGCUAUUACUUUAUUUUUCACUAUGAAAUAGAUAUACAGCAAUAUCCGAGGAAGAUUUUUAAAGAUUUUUAGUAUAAUGUGUUUUGUGAUACACAGUGACAUUUUGCGUCUCUCACUCUUUCUCCAUCACAAAAAAAGCCACAGCAAAAAACUACUUGGAACUUAUUUCCUCCUUGUAUUUCUGCAUUGAGUUCUUUAUGAUUGUGAGAGUAACAUCAUAGAUAAAAUGAAGUAAUGUUUAACCUAUGGAGCACAAGUUUAGUAAAAAUAGGGAAUAAAUUUAUGAUUAUCACAAACACACACACACACACACACACGCACACACACAGAGAGAGAGAGAGAGAGAAGGGCGCAGGAAAAUUUUACAUAUUAUUUAACUGAGUAGACUGAAUACAAAAUUCAAAAAUUCAAAGUUCCUAAGGGGGCUGCUUUGUGAAAUACUGUGCCAUAAUAUACAUAUCAUUAGAGAUGAGAAAACUUUAGAUUCAUCAACAAUUUAGAGAACUAUUUCUAAAGAUAAAUCCUUUGAAGAUAAUGUCUUUAUGAACAGGUUUCUUGGGAAAAAAAAAGCUGUCAAAUGCCAGUGUAGCUUUUAUUAUACAUAUAUAGAGAGACAGUACUGAUGAUUUCAGGAAAUAACACAAACACACAUGCAGUCAUUGAGAAUUCUGUCUUAUGGAAGAUGAUACUGAUGCUGUGUGCAGCCAGCUAAUAAACCACUCAGCUGUGAUUAGCAGUAGAAGAGCCUGACCAGAGUAUAAAGUUUUUUACAUGAAUUUUUGUAAAAAGCUAAAAAAAAAAUGCUUUAGAGUGCUUGGCAACAAAUGAAGUCAUUCAUAUAAAAACCAUACGAGGGGCUUCAAAAUGUAAAGAAAGAGGGAUAAAUGUUAUAGAGGUGGUACUUCUUGGCUGCUAAUGGAGAAAGUCCAGUAUUACUUGACAGGUCAAUAACAGCAAAUAAAAAUUACUGGGCUAAUUUUAGUGAACAUCUGUGACGGAGUCCACUAUUUUGGCAGAAGAUAGACCAGGUGUUUGCCUUCUGAGAGCCCUGGCACGUGAGCGGCACACAUUCACCUACAUUCAGCCAAUCAAAAGCAUUCUCCUAGCAUUGAUUUAGUCUGGAUGUAUCAAGAAGCAAUAAGAAUAGUUCAAAAUCUAUUCUGCAUGUGGUAGCAGCAGCAGUAGCCUGCAUACAGUAAUAGAGGUGGGAACAAUGGGGCCAGUAGCAAUUUAAAAACUGCUCAGGAGGCCAAGGUUGGAGGAUCACUUGAGGCUGGGAGUUCGAGACCAGCCCACACAGCAUAGAGAGACCUCGUCUCUUAAAAAAUAAAAAUAAAAUAAGCUAGCCAGGUGUGCUGGCAUGAGAUUGUAGUCCCAGGAGGCUGACUGGGAGAACCACUUGAGUUGAUGAGUUCCAGCCAACAAAGUGAGACCUUGUCUCUAAAAAAAUAAAUAAAUAGUAGACUGUAUAUUCCUUUAGGUAUAUACCCAGUUAUGGGAUUGCUGAGUUAAAUGGUAAUUCUGAUUUUAGGUCUUUGAGGAAUCACCACACUGCUUUUCACAAGGAUUGAACUAAUUUCCACUCCCACCAACAGUGUGAUUAAAGCAAGGAGAGCCAAUCAUGACUGGCAAAACACAGACCAGCAAUGUCACCAAUAAGAAUGACCCCAAGUCUAUCAACUCCCGUGUUUUCAUUGGCAAUCUAAAUACAGCAAUUGUCAAGAAAGUUGACAUUGAAGCCAUUUUUUCAAAGUAUGGAAAAAUAGUUGGAUGUUCCGUACACAAAGGUUAUGCAUUUGUACAGUACAUGAGUGAGCGACAUGCAAGAGCUGCAGUGGCUGGAGAAAAUGCCAGAGUCAUCGCCGGCCAACCACUUGAUAUCAACAUGGCAGGAGAGCCCAAACCAUACAGACCAAAACCUGGAAACAAGAGGCCCCUUUCUGCACUUUACAGACUUGAAUCAAAGGAACCUUUCCUGUCUGUUGGCGGUUAUGUCUUUGACUAUGAUUACUACAGAGAUGAUUUCUACAAUCGGUUAUUUGAUUACCACGGGCGUGUGCCUCCACCUCCCCGUGCAGUAAUUCCACUGAAGCGUCCCAGAGUGGCAGUCACAACGACUCGCAGGGGGAAAGGAGUCUUUUCCAUGAAAGGUGGAUCGAGAUCUACUGCCAGUGGGUCAACAGGCUCAAAAUUGAAAUCAGAUGAGUUACAGACCAUCAAGAAAGAAUUAACCCAGAUCAAAACUAAAAUUGACUCCUUGCUAGGGCGCCUGGAGAAGAUUGAGAAACAGCAAAAGGCGGAGGCAGAAGCUCAGAAGAAGCAAUUGGAAGAGAGUCUAGUGCUGAUCCAAGAGGAAUGUGUGUCAGAGAUUGCAGAUCACUCUACAGAGGAGCCUGCUGAAGGAGGGCCAGAUGCCGAUGGAGAAGAGAUGACAGAUGGGAUAGAGGAGGACUUCGAUGAAGAUGGGGGUCAUGAGCUGUUUCUACAGAUAAAGUGAUCUGAAAUAACGCAUGAUGCCGCAAAGCAGAAAAGAGAAACUGUGACAACCCCCAGAAAUGUGAAAGGAGGUUUCUUACUGGACAGCAGCAUCUUUGGUUCAAUUUAUGUAAAAACCGAAAUAAAUAAAAUGGACAGUAUUGCUCAGUUUUAGAAAUUCCAUUUCUUCUAUGUUUUAAGCUGUACAAUUGUCAGGUUUUUAUGGUUUAAAUUGUAAAUGUGUUUUCCCCUUUGCUAAUUACGUUUUUUUUUUUAGUCUUAAAAUGUGAAAGGCAUUUAUGAAUGGUAAGGGAGACACUAUAUACAAAUGUAUAUUUGUAAAAGCUAUUUUUAUGAUUAGCAUGUUUCACUGUUGAUCAUAUAUAAAGUCAGGUGAUAUUGCAAUUCUGUAUUUAAAGCUUAUUUCCAACAAUGUCAUGUAAGAAAAGAUGCAUCUUAUGCUAGUUUUUAUGAUUUAUUUAUAAUUUAUCGUUUAAAGUACUUCAGAUCAUGAUAAAAUACUUGAAAAAGUUAUAUUUCUGCCCUGUAUAAGCACCCUUUUUAUUAAUAAAGAAUGCAGAUAUUUCAGAUGUGAUGUAAUAGUUAAAGAACUGUUGGUUUGAUCUGUGAUUAAGUUGAGCAUGCUCUGCUCUACUGAACUAAAAUGAUCCAAUUAUUACUUCAGUCUGGCUAUGAGAUUCCAUGGACAAGUUUUAGUGUUCAUACAAGGACUAGAUUGUCAAGGAAACGACUGUCUUGCCCUUGGAUCCAAAAGUUUAAAUUAGUGCGUACGUCAUGUCAUUUCACCUCCUGUUCCUAGGACUCUCCAUUCCCAAGCAUUUCCAGUGUUUUCCAGGUAAUCUUAGCUGUUGUCUUGUGCUGUGGAAAUGGAGGAAACCAUCUUCACAGACUGUAGGAGAAUUCAACAUAUAAUUUCUUAAUAAACACUGUUUCUUUUAAAACAAA